GUUGCGUUUUAGACCCAAGCAUCUGCAUUGACGUCGCACCAGUCGCCUUGAGCAAGUGGACAGUUCAAUCGAUUUAACUUAACACAUGACCGAGGGUGCUUCUUCGGGCGGAGGAGGAGGUAGGGGUGCACCUCAGCACUAUCCCAAGACUGUCGGCAACAGCGAGUACCUGGGGAAAACCCCAGGGCCUAGCGUUCAGAGAUGGGUUCCUUCACGAAGCACUAGACGAGAUGUCAACUCCUCCACUGAAAAAGAACAUCACGAUGCAAUAUUUAGGAAAGUAAGAGGCAUACUUAAUAAACUGACCCCUGAAAAGUUUGACAAGCUAUGCCUUGAGCUUCUCAAUGUGGGCGUAGACUCUAAACUUGUCCUCAAAGGAGUCAUCUUGCUGAUCGUAGACAAAGCCCUAGAAGAGCCCAAAUACAGCUCGCUCUAUGCUCAGCUAUGUCUGCGUUUGGCAGAGGAUGCACCAAACUUUGAUGGCCCAACACCUGAAAUCCAGUCAUCACAAAAGCAGAGCACAACUUUCCGAAGACUUCUAAUUACCAAGCUUCAAGAUGAAUUUGAAAACCGCACCAAAAAUGUUGACCUCUAUGACAAACAAGACAACCCUCUCACCUCUGAGGAGGAGGAGCAGCGUGCCAUUGCCAAGAUCAAGAUGCUUGGCAAUAUCAAAUUCAUUGGGGAACUCGGCAAACUUGAUCUCAUCCAUGAAUCUAUCCUUCAUAAGUGCAUCAAAACACUUUUGGAGAAAAAGAAGAGGGUCCAGCUCAAGGACAUGGGAGAGGAUCUGGAGUGUCUCUGUCAGAUAAUGAGGACUGUGGGGCCCAGACUCGACCAUGAAAAAGCCAAGUCUUUAAUGGAUCAGUACUUCGGCCGUAUGCAAUCCUUAAUGAACAACAAGGAUUUGCCUGCAAGGAUUCGUUUCCUACUGCAGGACACAGUGGAGCUGAGAGAGAACAAUUGGGUUCCUCGCAAAGCUUUCAUCGACAACGGACCAAAGACGAUUAACCAGAUUCGUCAAGAUGCAGUGAAGGAUUUGGGUGUUUUCAUUCCACCCAUGAACCAAGGAAUGAGAAUGGACUUCUUCCUAGAAGGCCCCUUCAUGCCAAACAGGAUGAAACUGGAUAGAGAAACUCUGGGUGGUUUGGCUGAUAUGUUUGGUCAGAUGCCAGGUAGUGGCAUAGGGACUGGUCCAGGUGUGAUCCAGGACCGGUUUUCGCCCACUCUAGGACGUCAUCGAACAAAUCCUCUUUUCAAUGGCCACAUGGCAUCCCAACCCCAGUCCCAGUUUGACUUGGGUAUGAAGCCUUUCAUGAAGUCUAACCAGGGACAGAAUCAGCAUUUUCACAAUCAAAACCAGAACCAUCUGAGUCAGCAGCAAGCUCAAUCAAAGGACAUGCCUCCACGCUUCAAGAAGGGGCAGAUGAAUGCAGACGAGAUCAGUCUUAGACCUGCCCAGUCAUUCCUUUUGAAUAAAAACCAAGUGCCAAAACUGCAGCCCCAGAUUCCCACCAUGAUUCCUCCCAGCGCUCAGCCUCCACGUACACAAACGCCACCACUCGGACAGCCUCCUCAGCUUGGUCUGAAAACCAACCCACCUCUGAUUCAGGAGAAACCUCAGAAGACUACUAAAAAACCACCACCUGCUAGGGAGGAAUUGCUGAAAAUGACUGAGAACAUUGUGACCGAGUAUCUGAACAGUAGGAACAUGGAGGUUGCUGUCAGUGGUGUGAGAGAGAUGAAAGCUCCCAAACACUUUCUACCAGAGAUGCUGAGUAAGAUCAUCCUGUGUUCUCUGGAAAGGACUGAUGAAGACCGGGAACAGGCUAGCACUUUUAUUAACACACUGCGUAUCGAGGGCUUCAUCACAGGGGAACAUUUCAUGCAGCAGGCUCUGCUGAAUGUCUUGGAUCAGUGCCCUAAGAUUGAGGUAGACAUUCCCCUGGUGAAGUCAUAUCUAGCUCAGUUUGCAGCACGGGCAGUCAUCGCAGAGUUGGUCAGUGUGGCAGAACUGGCUCAUCCACUGGAGAAUGGCAACCACUUUCCUCUCUUCUUACUAUGCCUGCAGCAAGCUUCCAAGCUCAAGGAUCGCGAGUGGCUCACAGAUCUCUUCCAGCAGAGCAAGGUCAACAUGCAGAAGAUGCUUCCUGAAAUUGAUCAGAAUAAGGAUCGCAUGCUGGAGGUUCUCGAGGGAAAAGGUUUGAGUUUCCUCUUCCCUUUGCUCAAACUGGAGAAGGAACUACUGAAGCAAAUCAAAGCAGAUCCCUCUCCUCAGACCAUCUACAAGUGGAUUAAAGACAACAUUUCUCCCAAACUCCACAUUGACAAGGGCUUCAUCAACAUACUUGUGACUAGCUUCCUGCAGUAUAUCUUUGCUGAGCUUGGAGUGCCUGAAUGUGACGAGCAACUGUCCUCCCCUUCUAAAGAGCAGCUUGAUCAGGAGAAGCAACUGCUACUGUCCUUCAAGCCAGUCAUGCAGAAGUUUCUUCACGAUCACACCAACUUGCAAGUCAGUGCCCUGUAUGCCCUGCAGGUGCACUGCAAUGCCAAUGCUUUUCCAAAAGGUAUGUUGCUUCGCUACUUUGUCCACUUUUAUGACAUGGAGAUCAUCGAGGAAGAAGCAUUUCUUGCAUGGAAAGAAGAUAUUUCCCAAGAAUUUCCUGGAAAAGGAAAAGCCUUAUUCCAGGUGAACCAGUGGCUGACCUGGCUUGAGACAGCUGAGGAAGAGGAGUCAGAAGAGGAAGCUGACUAAAAAACCAGACUAAUCCUAGUACAACAUUAAUUUCCUGCUAAAUGGCCUGCUUUGGGGGUUCUACACUCUUUUUGCAGUAGCUCACUCUGUCGACUAUAGUACUCUGCUGCUAGGCUCAUGAAUUAAACAGCAAUACCGUUAUUGUAACAUCUCUUAAUGCGUUUGCUUGCAUCAAAACCAUUGUCAGGCUUUUUUUUUUUAAAUAUACACCAGUUUCACAUGUUAAAUCAACCACUGCUUUUUCAGUAGAAAAGGUGUUCGUCAGAUCCUCAUGUGGUAUGCCUGGUUUAAUUUGUUUGUUUCGCCGAAAAAAAACAACAACCUUGCAGCGUCUGAGCAGCAGUGAAACUGAGAUCCUGGUUGUAAUGGGCUUCAUAGGUUACGCUGUAGACUCUUAUUAGUGUUAUUCUGGGUCGGUUGCAAUAUCCUUCAACCCUCGAGCAUGAUUGAAACAUCUGUAAUCACUGUAACAUUUAGCGGUCUUCAUUUCUACCUCCUACCGAAUGAGCGUUUGUUAGUACAGCUUCUGAUAUGUCAGAUUUCAUGAAUUACGAUCUAGAGCAUCUGCUUAGUAGUUUUGUAUUUGCACAACACACUACCUAAUAUCUCAGCUUGCAGUAGAGUUUAAGUGCUUUCCAUUGAAGAUGCCGAAAUCAAGCUACUAGUGUCAACUUAAUGCCUCUGCAGCCCCAGCCUUACUAUAAUGUUGUCUGCAGUGUGAUCUACCAGUAUAAUUGAGAUGUAUUCUUUCUCUAAUAGCAGUUGUAAUGUUGCCAUUCUGGUCCCAUUGAUCUGCUACAAAUGAUUCCAACUGUGGUGGAUAUUUUUUUUUUUAAACCUGCCUUUUAAUGGGGCAUUAAACGUAAAUGAAACAAAUCCUUGACACCCAUAAAGAGGGGAAAGGCUUUUGCCCUUGUCAAUAAGGGGUUCACUUACAACCUUUUAUUGACAGGUGUUUUAAUUGUACCUGACUUGCAUUUGCCCACUUUAACUGCGGUGCAGUUGUCAGAAAUGAAAUAACUUAUGAUCAUGUCGUUGUAAGGCUGUUUAGUGCUGUAUUCAUCACCACUAUUGCUGAAUUUACAAUAAAGGAAAAACUUGAUCACUUUA